AGCAGAUGGAGCUACAGGUGGAGGAGGCCUACGAGGAGAGGCAGAAGGUGCUACGGGAGAAGAGAGAGCUGGAGAACAAGCUGGUGGCCGUCAACGACCAGGUCAGCCAGCGGGACGUUGAAGCGGAGAAGCGGCUGCGGAAGGACCUCAAGCGCACCAAGGCCCUCCUGGCGGAUGCCCAGGUGAUGCUCGACCACCUGAAGAACAACGCGCCCAGCAAGCGGGAGAUUGCCCAGCUGAAGAACCAGCUGGAAGAGUCGGAGUUCACCUGCUCGGCCGCCGUCAAAGCCCGCAAAUCCAUGGAAGUGGAGAUUGAGGAUUUGCAUCUCCAGAUUGAGGACUUCUCCAAAGCCAAAGGAGCGGUAGGCAAACGCCCCUCCCCCAGGGCCCCAGACUCAGUUUCCCCCCCGUGGAAUCGAGACCCUUACUAGACAAUCCAUUCCAGAGGUGGUAUUCAGCCAGUUCGGAUC